AUGAACCACUCCCACAUUGUGAUGGAGGCGGCCCUCUCCGUCAUGGCGUACAGUUUCUGCAGUGUGAGCAUGAUUCUCGUGAACAAGCUGAUCAUGAACACCUACGACAUGAACUUUCCAUUUGGAAUUUUGUUACUGCAGACCGGUGGUGCGCUGAUGAUUGUGACACUGGCGAAAGCAACGCGCUUUAUUGACUACUCAGCCUUCUCGCUGGACGUGGCGAAGCAGUGGCUCCCCCUCACUCUGCUCUUUGUGUCAAUGCUCUCUACGUCCAUGAAGAGCUUAGGCUCCAUGUCCGUCGCGGCACAGACGAUUAUCAAAAACUUGGCUGUUGUCUUCAUCGCACUCGGCGACAAGUUCCUCUACGGCAAGGCCCAAACUCCAUCAGUGUACGUGUCGUUUGCGUUGAUGUUCUUUGGCAGCUACCUCGGCGCCAAGGGUGAUAAGUGGGUGACGCCAUGGGGUCUCUUCUGGACGUUUCUCAACAUCGCGGCCACCGUCUUGUACACGUUGUACAUGAAGACGAUGCUCGGCUCGGUAAGUAACUCGAUUGGCCGUUAUGGUCCUGUCUUCUACAACAACCUGCUGUCCUUGCCCUUUUUCCUGGUCAUGGGUGUCGGUGAAAUCAUGCCGUUUGCGACUGCCAUUAGUGAGACCACCUCGCUCGGGAAGCUGGUGCUCGUCUUCUCGGUGCUAGUGAGCUCCGUCAUGACCUUCUCUGUCUUCUGGUGCAUGUCUAUUACCUCCCCGACCACAAUGAGCGUCAUCGGAUCGCUAAAUAAAAUUCCCCUCACGUUUCUAGGAAUGCUUGUGUUCCACCAGUUCCCCACUGCCACAGGGUAUGUGGGCAUCGUUGUCGCCCUCGCUGCAGGCUUCCUAUACACGCACCUCAACAUUACCGCAAACCGCGCCAAGUCCGCCACCGAUGCCGAGAAUCACAGGCAGCAAACUAAGAUGAAUUCAUCACCAUUUGCUGUACUUGCGCCCGAAGAGGAGAAGAACAUCGACACCGUCAAAUCUGUGUAG